UUGUUGUUUGUUUCGAUAGGCCUGUUGUUAUGUAUCGUUCGAUUUUGUGAACUUGAUCUGGUUCGAUAGCUCUUUUCUACAAAUCUGAAUAGAUCACAGUCGUUCUACAAAUCUGAGGUGAGAUUUAAAAGUUUGACAAGAUGGUGAAGUUUACAUCUGAGGAGCUGCGUAGGAUUAUGGACUACAAACACAACAUCCGUAAUAUGUCCGUUAUUGCCCAUGUUGAUCACGGGAAAUCCACUCUCACUGAUUCCUUGGUCGCUGCUGCUGGUAUCAUUGCCCAAGAGGUUGCUGGUGAUGUUCGUAUGACUGAUACCAGAGCUGAUGAGGCAGAACGUGGUAUCACUAUUAAGUCUACUGGUAUCUCUCUCUACUACGAGAUGACUGAUGCUUCCCUUAAGAGUUUCACUGGAGCCAGAGAUGGCAACGAAUACCUCAUCAACCUUAUUGAUUCACCUGGGCACGUUGACUUUUCUUCUGAGGUUACUGCUGCUCUCCGUAUUACUGAUGGUGCUCUUGUUGUGGUCGACUGCAUUGAGGGUGUCUGUGUUCAGACAGAGACUGUUUUACGUCAGGCUCUUGGUGAGAGGAUUCGACCUGUCUUGACUGUCAACAAGAUGGACAGAUGUUUCCUUGAGCUUCAGGUUGAUGGUGAGGAGGCUUACCAGACUUUCUCGAGGGUCAUUGAGAAUGCUAAUGUCAUCAUGGCUACAUAUGAGGAUCCUCUCCUUGGUGAUGUUCAAGUUUAUCCUGAGAAAGGUACUGUGGCGUUUUCUGCUGGUCUCCAUGGUUGGGCGUUUACACUUACCAACUUUGCCAAGAUGUAUGCUUCCAAGUUCGGUGUUGAUGAAUCUAAGAUGAUGGAAAGGCUCUGGGGUGAGAAUUUCUUUGACCCAGCCACCAGGAAAUGGACUACCAAAAACACUGGUUCAGCAACCUGCAAGCGUGGAUUUGUCCAGUUCUGCUAUGAACCAAUCAAGCAAAUCAUCGCUACUUGCAUGAAUGACCAGAAGGACAAGUUAUGGCCUAUGUUGCAGAAGCUUGGUGUCCAGAUGAAGAAUGAUGAGAAGGAACUGGUGGCUAAACCUUUGAUGAAGCGUGUUAUGCAGACGUGGCUCCCUGCCAGUACUGCACUACUUGAGAUGAUGAUCUUCCAUUUGCCAUCUCCCCACACUGCCCAGAGGUACCGUGUUGAGAAUCUGUAUGAAGGUCCCCUUGAUGAUAAGUAUGCCAAUGCCAUCAGGAACUGUGACCCCAAUGGUCCUCUCAUGCUGUACGUGUCUAAGAUGAUUCCUGCCUCUGACAAGGGUAGGUUCUUUGCCUUUGGUCGUGUCUUUGCUGGUAAGGUUUCUACUGGUAUGAAGGUCAGAAUCAUGGGUCCCAACUUUGUCCCUGGUGAGAAGAAGGAUCUGUUUGUUAAGAGUGUUCAGAGGACUGUUAUUUGGAUGGGUAAGAGGCAAGAGACAGUGGAGGAUGUUCCUUGUGGGAACACUGUUGCUAUGGUUGGGCUGAAGAGAGGUCACGUCUUUGAGGAGAUGCAGAGGCCAGGAACACCUUUGUACAACAUCAAGGCGUACCUGCCUGUUGUGGAGUCGUUUGGAUUCUCGGCUCAGCUUAGGGCAGCAACCUCAGGACAAGCGUUCCCGCAGUCUGUGUUUGAUCAUUGGGAUAUGAUGGCUUCUGACCCUCUGGAGCUAGGAACUCAAGCUUCAACUCUGGUGGCUGAGAUCAGGAAGAGGAAGGGUUUGAAGGAACAGAUGACUCCACUAUCUGAUUUCGAAGACAAGCUUUAA